CUCCUAUGUUUCAGAAAAGAAAUCAAUUUCCAUUCCUCAUGGGUUGCACUCGGAGGAAAGAACGGCACAAAUCCAAGCUAUCCCCGUGGAAGAACGCUGGUUUGUGAACCUGGUUGCCGAAUCACCAGGUACUCCCCCCACUCUAACUCCUGAUAGGUCCGCUGGCUUAAGGCGCUCUAGUCGUAAUUUGAGGACUAAACCUAAUCUGGUUCAAGACUCGUCUGUAGUCUCUCUUGAGGAUUCAGAACAGGAAUCAGAAAGCUCCCAAGCUGAUGGUGAAGGGAAAGUAGAUGCGACUGUUCCAAUGCAGGUGGUGUUCCCAGCUGCGGAAAACUCUCAGUCUCUGCCCAGCAAGUGCCCUGUUCCUUCCCCUGCCGCCUCUUCUUCUAGUUCUCGUCUGGGCCCUACAGCCCAUGAACUGCUGGCUAUGGCCACUCGUAAGAAAAGAGCUCCAACCAAACUGACUGGUGUUCCACCGAAAUUUCCCAAGCAUUCUGAGUCUGCUGUGAAGGACCCUGACCUCGUUCUACCUAAAAGUGAAGCAGCAGCAUCUUCAAAAUUCCAGAAUUUGAACUUGUCCUUUUCUCCCAAUUUUUGUAGCUUAAAGGAUGGACUAUCAAUGAAAAAUGAGAUGUCACAACUUCUGCUGCCAUCUACCCCGGAUCUCUUCAACGGGCUGCCCCCAGCCGGAGUCCUAGCUGUUUCCUCAGCCUAUGCUUUCCAGAGUGUUCAAGCUAGUCUUGCUGCCGCAGAAAGGGUGGCCGUCCUGGAGAAGACACUUGACGAAUUGCGAAGGAAAGAAACGACUCUCCUCUCUCAACUCAAAGAGAAUGCUCAGCAAAUUAGAGGUUUGAUAAAUGAAUCAUCUAUGCAAGCUGCUCAGAACUUAAAGCUCUCCAAAAGGGUUCAGGUCCUAGAAGCCUAUGGUAGACGAAAGAGACAAGAGGUGACAGACGCAGCUUGCUACUAUGUUUGGAAAACUAGAGGGGAACUUAUGAAGUCUUUCCUGGCUGGUGAAACGUCUAACUGGGAGGCAGAAAAAGAUGUAGC